AUGAGCAUCAGCAGCAUGGAAAUAUAUUACACAAGAUGUUUGAGAAUUGUAAAUGAAAUAGUGUUCUAUGGUAUUUAUCAUAACCUGCAGACUUUAUGUUACAAAGUUUCAGUUGUGCAGGCAAAUUUUUCUUGUACAUUUUUGUUAUGUUUUUCAUCUAAUGUCAGUCCAUUUCUUUUCAGUGUGUUCGUUGGUAUAUUGAUAGUUGCCUCAUUGAUUUUGGGUCUAGUUGUGCCAUUUGUGAUUUUUAGAGAUGGCAAGAAAGUGCCAAACCUUCUGGCGGUCUUUACGGGUCAUGAGCACCCAACGAGUGGGGGAGAAAUACCCAGGUCAUGUUCUGUUUGCGGAGGGGAGCGCUGUCAGAGACAGCAUCCAGCGUCUGCUUUUCCUGUGAAAGCCCAUGCACAUGCUCACAUUAACUUCAUGGUGCCACAAGGAGUUGAUGAAGCUCUGGAGGAACUAUUUAACUUAACUCUUGAUCAUUAUGUUUACGUCUGGUAUAGAGAAAUCUCAGUACAUGAUCAGCUAGCAGAUGAAAUACGCUCACUUAUAAGAUAUGCUGUAGCUUCUCUAGCAAGUAGAUUAAGUAAGGUUGAUUUAACCACAGUCAUUACGGAUCACUUACUCCCAGCACUGAUCAACCAUUUGGAUGCGUAUGUAGAGGGUAGUCGUAGAGUAAGGGGAAACGUUUCUACCGAGGCAGCUGUGAUACAGUACUUAAGGGCUGGCGGUGGACUUCAUCGAGCAGUCAAGUCUCGUGAAGAGGAAGCAGCCUAUUUGAGAAGUGUUGUAGGUACAGUGUUACCAUUCCUGCUUCCAAGCAAAUAUUUAUCAAGCGGCUCUGGGCGAAGCUUUCUAGAGGAGUUGCUAGGCCGUGUUUUGCUGUUGCAAGCCAUGGAUCUCUUGGCGAAUCCAGAUACUUUGAAUCUACUUUUCCUCCUACUCCUAAGUAGAGAUUCUUCUCCUUGGACACCAUACAAACCUGAACCAGAAGUUUUGCUCUUGAAAAACUUUGCUUCUGUGAACACCCAUCCUCGUAACUCGGUUUUGAGAAGUAAUUUGUCUUCUGUCUUAAAGGACCAGUCUCUUUUGUAUCUCUUCCACACCUUCUUGAAGGAGGAAGGGGCUAUUAAUAUUUUGCAGUUUUGCCUUGCCGUUGAGGAUUUCAAUCAUCACAUCUUAGAUCCAGAUCUGACAACAGAACAGCUGGAGAAUCUUCACCAUGAGGCUUUAGAGCUCUACCACACUUAUAUGGUUAGCUCCUCAGUUGACCGAAUUAACUUUCCUCUCCAUGUUAUUUCUCAUAUUAGAGAAAUUGUUCACAGUGAAGUCAAGGACAUUGUAAAGUUACGAACAACGCGUCCAUUGUUUCAGGCGUACGAGCAUGCAUAUAACCUUUUGGAAAGAGAGUAUCUUCCACUUUUUAUGCACAGUCAUUCAUAUUUUGCUCAUGUAUGUGGUACUAGAAGUUCACAGUCAUAUCAGAAAAACACUACAAAGGAUGCAGAAGUCUUGGGAAAGAAGAACAAAGGUAAAGUAGUGGUCCAGAAGGUUGGUAGUGGCCUCAAGACUAUUGGAAAGCAUGUCCUUAAACCUUCUGUUGUAGUUGGCGAUGAGGACGACCAUGCGCUUUAUGAUAUCGACGAAGCCGACGAUAUCUCUGUGCUUCUGCAGGCUGAUGAAGGGGGCGGGAUAUCUCAAUCCCGGAGUGCGCUGGAAGGGCUUACGUCAAGCUUCCGUGACCUGAGCGCAUGGCGAGUUUGCAUUCCAAGUGUUGAACAGCGAUUCGAUCACAACAACAAGGCAUAUUAUGCAUUUAUUGUGAAUGUAACAAGAAUAGAUGUUACUGGAGCGGAACGUCCAGAAGAAGUGCAUUGGGAAGUGGAGAGGCGUUAUCAUGAAUUCUAUAUUUUGGAAAAUAAACUUACUGAAUUCCAUGGAGACUUCCAAGAUAAUCAGUUGCCACCCCGAAGAUCUCUAUUUACAUCAAAGGACAUUGGCUUUAUGCAAAGUCGCAGACAGAUCUUUGAAGAGUUUCUUCAGAAGCUGCUUCAAAAACCAGCCUUGAAAGGAUCCCAGCUUCUUUUUCUUUUUCUGAAGACCAAAGAUGAAUUUACAAAUACCUACUUGCCUGAUGUUUCACUCGGACGCUUGAUAAGAGACGUUCCUCGGAAGUUGAUAAAAGAACGUGGCCAGCACCUAGACGCUUUCAUCAGUGUAUUUUUAUCGUCGACCGUUACAUCCAUUAAGAGUAAAUCAAAGUUGGACUGGGACGAAGUUUCAUCGGGUACCGAUCAUCCAGAUAACACGGAGCCGUCCAGAACUCUCAUUCACAGUCUGUUUGGUAACAAUGCCAAGAGUUUACCAGCACCUUCUCAUGAGCCAGCUCCCCCACCCCCAGCCACCAUGAAUGUUGUUGGAGUGUAUGAUACAGUUUUAUAUUUAGUGGUACGUGUGUAUGGCCUCUCAAUUUCUGCAUUACGUUGGUGCAUGUGCAUCAGGUUGUUAGCUGGCAGUACAUUGGAUGCCGCAGUCAGCUGGUUUUUGAGAAGGAAAUUGGCACUUGCUCUUGCUCCUCCCAGAAUAAUCAAACUCAUUCAUCUUGUGAGAGAUGCCCUGUUUGUUGAUCCACCCAGUGAUCGCUCAGAUGCAGACCGUCGCAGUCGAGAGAAUGAAUUGCGAAAUGAAGUCAUAGCAUUGUUACCACCUUGGUUACAGAAGUUCCUGUUUACCGAGGACCAUUACAAUGAGGGAGCUAAUACAUUAGUCAAUCUUUUUCAGCAGCCAGUUCUGAACAAACAGCUGUCUUAUGUUCUUCUGGAUGCAGUCGUCGACCAGCUUUUUCCAGAGUUGUCUGUGGAACCUGAGCUUUCCCCAUUCCUCACUAGUUGAGGAUGCUUAAAAUAAUUAUGUCCUAGAAGUUAGCAUACACUUGUUUGCCAUUCAAGACUUAAGGGUACAAUUCUUAAGUUAUCCAAUGCACACCAUGUGCAUAUUCAAGUCCUGACAUUACUUUUCUAAUAAUUGUUUUGUGGUAAUUUGUGGUUGCCAGUUAGUUUUAUCAAUGGCCAGUAAACUUUCUUUUCCCAAGAUGCUCCAAGUUUCAAAGUACCCAGUGGAAUUGUGCAGGAGUGUAAACUAGUACUGUAAAUUGUUUCCUGUCAUAUUUUGGGAUUAAGGCAUUAUCAGGCUUUUGUGAAGAAAAUGAUGACUUAACUUUUAAUGAAACUGCCAAAUUGGCAGUCUACUUUUGCACCUCAGCACUAUUGUUGAGGAUACUAACUUUUGCUUCUCUUACAUGUGUUGAUGCUCAAGGCAAAGAAAACCCCUCCUGAAUUGAUAGGAAUAAGUAUGUAUGUGUAUGCAUGAAAGGAAGGUCAGGUACCUUUGCUGAGAGGGUAGGUCUUGCAAUAGUACAGUACAUAUAGUGUUUGAUAGCAUACAGGACUUCUUUUUUUCAAGUAAGUAUCAUCUAUAUCAGGGAUGUUACCAUAUAUGUAAAUGGACAGUGGGAUGAUAAUGAGUAAGAUCAUUAAUUAACCCUUAAACGCCGAAGCGGUAUUUUAAAAAUCGUCUCCCGUAUGCCGGCGGGGUCUGGGAGUGAGCGCCGAAGCAGAUUUUUUUUUUUUUUUUUUUUUUUCCCCAUGCUUAGUUUUCAAGAUUAAGAGUUCAUUUUUGGCUCCUUUUUUGUCAUUGCCUGAAGUUUAGUAUGCAACCAUCAGAAAUGAAAAAAAUAUAAUUUUCAUAUUUAAAUAUUGGGCUAUAUGGCAGCGAUAUAUGACAGCGCAAAAAAAAAAAAAUCAUAUAUAAUUGUAUACGAAUCGCGCUGUGAGCAAAACGGUUAAAGCUAACAAGUUAAUUUUUUUUGUUGUAUUGUACACUAAAUUGCAAUCAUUUUGGUAUAUAACAUACUGUAAGACGAUCAAGGUAACACAGAAAAUAUUAUCACAAAAUGAUGCAUGAAUUUGUAAUGCGCGGACGUAAAAAAAAGCGGUUUUCAAAAAUUCACCAUAAAUCGAAAUAUUGUGCUACAGACUUCCCGUUUGUUGCAAAAUGAAGGUAAUUGAUUGAAUAUUACUAGACUGUAAGUGUUGUAGCUUACAAUUGCAGUUUUCAACCAUUUCGGUCGAGUUAAAUUUGACCGAAGGACGAAUUUUUUCUAUAUCGUUAUGUAUAUAAAAAUAUUUCAAAACUGAUUAAAGCUACAACCAUGGAUUGUUUUUAGUUGUAUUCUACAUAAAUUUGCGCACAUUUCCAUAUAUAAAACUUUAUGUAACGGCUAAUUUAAAAUGGUGCAAACAUUACGACAAUCGGACGAAAAAAUGUAUGAUUUUUUCGGAAGAGUUACCGCGCGGACGUAAGCAAAAAGUUUUUUCAUAAAUUCACCAUAAAUCGAAAUAUUGUGCUAGAGACUUCCAAUUUGUUGCAAAAUGAAGGUAAAUGACUGAAUAUUACUAGCAUAUGUAUAAGAGUUUUAGCUUACAAUUGCGUUUUUUGACCAUUUCGGUAGAGUCAAAGUUGACCGAAGGUUGAAAUUUUGGCACAUCGUUAUUUAUAUGAAAGUAUUUCAAAACUGAUAAAAGCUACAACCAUGAGUUGGUUUUUGUUGUAUUCUACAUGAAAUUGUACACAUUUUCAUAUAUAAUACUCCAUGUAACGGCUAAUAUAAAAUGGUGCAAAAAUUAUGUCAAAGUGACUAAAUAAUUUCUGAGAUGUCGCUGAUACUUUUUAUUGCAAGAAGAAAGAAAUUUGCGCUUGCGCGCAUGGGUAACGAUUGUAAACAAAACAACGCCUUGGAUGCAGACUUUUGUGUGUUUCUUUUGGCUGUAAAAUCAGAAGACUGUUACUCUUUGUGUCAGUGGCAUUUUAUGAAACAAAGAUUAGUAAUAUUUUGCAGAAAUUGAAUGUAAUAAAGAAUAGCAAUCAAAUGUUCCAUUCCAAUGUAAAUUAUGUUAAGAGUUGGAUUUCAUAAAUACAAUUAAAGUAUCUGAAGGUAGCUAUAUUAUUCUACUAAAUGGGCAAGUAUGUUAUUUUAACACUAGAAGAGUAAUUUUCAGUAGAACUUAGGAAUUUGUUUAUUAAAUGGGGGAGCACUCACAUUUUGUAAGGACAUACAUCCUAUUUUGUAAGGACAUACAUCCUGUAUGCUAUCACAUACUGUUUAGCUGGUAGCUUAUGGGAACAAACUCAGGAAUGAGUUUCAUAAUAUAUUUAGUAAUUUUGGUUUUAAGGGAAGACAUUGGAAUAGAAUUAAUUUUUUUUUUUUUUUUUUUUUUCAAACCAGGGCAGUAAUCAUGUGUACGUUCCACUACUUUUGGUGCAAGUAAGUUUAGUUUAGUUGCAUCUGUGUAGCCAUUUAAGAACAAGCACCAGAAUCCAGAUGAUCACCUUUGAAUGCAGAUAGGCAUUCAUUUAGGCAGCUUUUUCAUCCUCAUUAAAAUGGUUAUAAAGUAACCAUUAGUAGAAUGGUUACUUUAUAACAAUUUUUUUUUUUAUAAAAGUUUCAGUAGCCAGUAUUUAACAUUUCUAUACUUCCUCUUAUAAUUUAUUAUAGUUGUAUAGUCACUAGAACAAUAUAGCAAGAGUCCCUCCCCGUAUGUGGUGAAAUUAUCUGUAAAUUUUAUUUCUUAAUUUUGCCUUUGGUUCAAUAUCCUGUAUUUUUUCAAGUUACUUUUGGUUGUAAUGUAAUCUAUUUAAAUAUCUUGGCAUAUGCAACAUAAAAACUUACUGAGAGGAACUGUGACACACACACACGAGUAAUAGAACAAAGGAAUAUGUGUAAAUGUUUGUUGCCAUUUGUUCAGUAUGCAAGUGAAGCCAUGUUUGUAUGCCCCAAUUUCAUGGGUUAACAACCAUUCAUUCAGUUUUAAUUUUCAGUCACUACAUCAUCUCAGUGUUCAGUCUGUCUUUUAAGCACUGCAUCUCCCCAUGGAGAUCUUCAUAAACUGUAAAUGGAUUCAUGAGACAAGAUAAAAUUUAAUCAUUGAUGAAUGCCACAUCACAGCUAAUAAAAUUAUAAUAGAUGAGAGUUUACAUCUUUGGAUUUAUUUUUAAAAAUUGCUCUGGAGUUAUGAAACUAGUCACUUUUCACUAUUAGAUGUGUAAAAUCACUCUUUACAAAAUUAAACUAAAGAAUUCAACCAUCAAGUUGUAUACUAUUCUUACUGCAGAACAGUUGUAAAGUAUAUUUUUUGUGAAGGUUGUAUUUUUUAAAUAUAUAAUGAAACCUUUUACGAAUUACAUUGUAUUAAUGUUGUUUGCGGAUGAGAUGAACUGGUUGUAGUAAAAGUAUCUUGUAUUUUAGGAACACCUGAUAUUGGAUAAAUGUGGGUGCCAUUAUGUUGAUUUAUACCAAAGACUUUUAACAUAUUUAAUCUGAGUUCUGUGAUAUUUUAUAUAUGUGCUUAUGAGCACAUGUAUUGUACUGCACAAAGAGUUCAUGAAGAGUGACACUUUGGCUACAUUUGAAGACACCUUGGAAGGUGUACAGAUUUUUAUUUCAUGUCUCAUUGUUACUUGUACGAAUUAGAAAACAAGUGUUUCUCUCAAGUCUGUACAUUCCAGAAUAUAUUCUAUGAUAUAUUUUUUGGCUUUCUCUUUGUGCAGUUACUUAUUUAAUGACAUAUCAAUAUCUAUCUAUAUAAAUAUAUAUAUUAAAUAAA